GCAGUCUGUCACUUUGAAGUGAGGCGCAGACCAGCUGCUGAGAACGGGGCUGGGAAGGGCGAAGGGAACUGCGGGGCGCCUCAGAGCCUGGCCUGGCCCCUCAGUAACUGGCGGAGGAGUGUGAGGAGGACCAGCUUUGCCCUGCGUGGUCUGAAUCGGCUCCAAAACAGCACCUUAGCCCCACCGUGUGAAAGCAGAGCAUCUGUGUAGCUCAGUCCCACCCGUCUUCUCCUGAAUGUGGAAGACACAGGCAGGUAAACGACAAAUCUACCUUCAAAACUUAAGAACUUGAAAGCUCAUUAUCUGUCUCUGAGUUUACAAGACCGCCAUGCAGGCCUUCCCUGAGCUGGUCAAGUUAGCAUGUGGUCCCUUUCAUCCACAAAAGAGAAACGAGCCCUGAACGUUGCAGCUGCGCCAGGAUGGAGGCCCCACUGGUGAGUCUGGAUGAAGAGUUUGAGGACCUCCGGCCCUGCUGCUCAGAGGAACCGGAGGAGAAGCCACGGUGUCUGUACGGCUCCUCGCCCCACCACCUGGAGGACCCCUCCCUCUCUGAGCUGGAGAAUUUCUCUUCUGAAAUAAUCAGCUUCAAGUCCAUGGAGGACCUCGUGAAUGAAUUUGACGAGAAGCUCAAUGUCUGCUUCCGGAACUACAAUGCCAAGACCGAGAACCUGGCUCCCGUGAAGAACCAGUUCCAGAUCCAAGAGGAGGAGGAGACCCUGCAGGACGAGGAGGUUUGGGAUGCUCUGACAGACAAUUACAUCCCUUCACUCUCAGAAGACUGGAGGGACCCAAACAUCGAGGCUCUGAAUGGCAACAGCUCUGACACCGAGGUCCAGGACAAAGAGGAGGAGGAGUUCAAUGAGAAGAGUGAGCACGAUUCUGGGAUCAAUGAGGAGCCUCUACUCACAGCAGAUCAGGUCAUCGAGGAGAUCGAAGAAAUGAUGCAGAACUCCCCGGACCCUGAGGAGGAGGAGGAGGCCCUGGAGGAGGAGGAGGGGGCCGAAACGUCCUCCCAGGCGGACUCGGUGCUCCUGCAGGAGAUGCAGGCCUUGACCCAGACCUUCAACAACAACUGGUCCUAUGAAGGACUGAGGCACAUGUCCGGGUCGGAGCUGACCGAGCUGCUGGACCAGGUGGAGGGCGCCAUCCGCGACUUCUCGGAGGAGCUGGUGCAGCAGCUGGCCCGCCGGGAUGAGCUGGAAUUCGAGAAGGAAGUGAAGAACUCCUUCAUCACGGUGCUCAUCGAGGUGCAGAACAAGCAGAAGGAGCAGCGAGAGCUGAUGAAAAAGAGGCGGAAAGAGAAAGGCCUGAGCCUGCAGAGCGGCCGCGUGGACAAGGGGAGCCAGAUGCCCCUCAAGCGCUUCAGCAUGGAGGGCAUCUCCAGCAUCCUGCAGAGCAGCAUCCGCCAGACCUUCGGCUCCUCGGGGACUGACAAGCAGUAUCUGAACACGGUCAUCCCCUACGAGAGGAAGGCCUUCCCUCCGUCCGUGGAAGACCUGCAGAUGCUGACCAACAUUCUCUUCGCCAUGAAGGAGGAUAAUGAAAAGGUGCCCACUUUGCUAACGGACUACAUUUUAAAAGUGCUCUGCCCUACCUAACCUCGCCCUUCGGAGCAGCCUUGCCGCGGAAGUCACGGAGUUAAGAGUCAUUCCAUCCCAGGGGCCGCAUGACACCCCGUGACCUCCGACGUGUACUUAAACGUGUAGAGCUUAACCUGGAUGAAACACGAGCAAGCGCGGGGGUCCUUGGCCGCCGCCGGCUUCUAGUCCUAGUAACCAUUGGGUGCAUGACAAGGGGCAGGGCCGGGGCGCUGCCGGCCCCCCGUCCGGGUCCGAGGGCGGCAGCCGCUCUCGCCACUCAUUCUGUAGCCCGCCUCCGGCCCUCAAACACAGCUUACACUUUAACACUAAUUUUGAAAUAAACCUUCAUUUAAUUAA